AUGGCAGCUUACCAACCCGCAGCCAAGUCUGAUUCUCAGAGGGUGAAAUGGAAAAUUCACUGGAUUCCUCCAGCGAUUAUGGUAUCUUUGCUUAUUGCAGGGAUUGCCUUUGCCGUUGGGCAUCAUUUCUUCUAUCAGUCGCUGGACGACACACUCGUCACCUCUUCCAGCCAGCAAAAAUGGACGAUUCGAAUUGGAACGGGCAUGGCAUUCCUGGUGAAAGCUACACUUGCAGCCGCCGUAGGCGUCGCCUUCACACAGUAUUUGUGGAUGAUCGCUAGAAGAAAGGCAAUGGCCGUUGGAAGUUUAGAUUCCAUGUUUUCCUUGACAAGCAAUCCUUUGUCGUUCGCAAACUUGGAAGUACUUUUCAAAGCAAAGCUGCUUGUUCUGCUUGCGCUAGCUUCAUGGUUCAUGCCUCUUAUCGCAAUUGUCACUCCGGGUACCAUCUCCGUGGAAAACCGGAUGGUCACGAACACGACGAAUGGUCGAGUUCCUUUCGUGGCCUUUUCCCGGUCCGAAGACGUCUGGUCAGAUUAUGUAGGAGAGUCUGGUUCCUUUGGGACUGUUGGUAGUGCUUCGCCAGCAGUUACCCGCCUCCUGUCGGCUGUUGCCUCCUCCAUGGGUAUUAUUCCAAUAACGCCUCAGUUUGCCAACUCGUCCUUCACACUGCAUUUUCAUGGACCAGCACUGAAGUGCGAAUCUCUGGCAGACGCGAAGAACAAUGACCAGCCAGUGGGGGACUGUAGGAAUUGCACGUCACUGCAACGGCUCUGGAACAGCACCAUGAAGAACAGCAAUGCUGCACAAUACAUUUACUGGCAGUCUGCAGCACCCGAGGAUUCGCAUAACCUGUUGUUUAUCCGCACAGGCACGGGAGUGCAUGUCGGAGGAACCCCUAGGUAUAAUAGCUGCCAGCUUUGGAAUGCUUCUUACACUGCACAAUUUAAUUUUACGGAUGGCGCACAGACGACCACGAUUAAGGAUCUAAAAUACGAGUCCACGAUGAACUAUACUUCGUCGACGUCUUUCGGAGAGCUCCCACCCGGCGGGAGAGCAUAUCUAUCCAUGUUUCAGGCAAUAUCCACACUGUUGUUUGGUGAAGUCGGGAUCACGCAAGGACUUUCAUCAUCUGGAAUGCUGGGAGCAGACCUGCCCAUCGUCGGGACUGGUCUAAUGGCAUGCCCCGAGAUCCUGGCCGACUGGAAGUACGAUGACAAGGGGACGACACUCGAUCAGAUCGUAUCACCGUGGAUGUGCAGAAAGAACUCUGUACCUGCAGCCGUAGAGGACCUGUUUCAAAACUUCACGCUGAGUUUGCUGAGUAGCCAGUUCCUCAAUGGAAACACCAGCACGGACAUUUAUGUCUCCUUUCCGAGGAACUUCUGGAGCUACAAUCCGCUUGAUUUGCUUAUUUCCUACGUCGUCGGUGUGGUCGUUGCUCUGGUAGCUAUCAUUGUUGGUUUCUGGGCGCUUUUCUUGAAUGGCUAUAGCGCGGGUUCAUCCUUCUCGACCAUCCUCCUAACUACAAGGAAUCCUAAUCUAGAUGAUAUUGCAGCGGGACAAUGCUUGGGGUCACAGCCCCUUGACCGGAAUUUCCAGAAGAUGAAACUGCAGUUUGGCAUUGUGGGCCGUAAAGACGGAGUUGACCAUGCUGCAUUCGGGAUUCGAGGGACCGUCAAUAAACUAAGGAAAGGCCAAGAAUGCAGCUAAGGUAUAGCAGUUAUAGCUCUUAACGUCCAGGAUAAAUUGGCGGCGUUGGAUAAAUCGACGUCCUUUAGCUC